AUCAUGGAGGUGGAAGAGGGAAUCUCUCAUGCGUCUGUCAUCGAUAAUCCGGCGGACAUCGCCGUCAUCGCCGGCUACUUCCUCCUGGUCAUCGGGGUUGGGCUGUGGUCCAUGUGCCGCACGAACCGUGGCACGGUCGGUGGCUAUUUCUUGGCUGGGAGGAACAUGGGGUGGUUUCCGGUUGGGGCCUCUCUUUUUGCCAGCAACAUUGGCAGUGGCCAUUUUGUGGGUCUGGCAGGCACCGGAGCCGCGAGCGGGCUGGCCGUGGCGGGAUUCGAGUGGAAUGCCCUGUUCGUGGUGCUGCUCCUCGGCUGGCUCUUCGUGCCUGUUUACCUGACGGCAGGCGUCAUCACGAUGCCCCAGUACCUGCGGAAGCGGUUUGGGGGCAAGAGGAUCCGUCUCUAUCUCUCCAUCCUCUCUCUCUUCCUCUACAUCUUCACCAAGAUCUCCGUGGAUAUGUUCUCAGGAGCUGUGUUCAUCCAGCAGGCUCUGGGGUGGAACAUCUAUGCCUCCGUCAUCGCCCUGCUCAUCAUCACCAUGAUCUACACUGUGACAGGGGGGCUGGCUGCCCUGAUGUACACUGACACUGUCCAGACUUUCGUCAUCAUCGCCGGAGCCUUUGUUCUCAUGGGCUACGCCUUCCAUGAAGUGGGAGGAUACACAGGCCUCUUUACAAAGUACAUGCUGGCGGUGACCUCGCUAACCGUCUCCGAGGACCCCACUGUGGGGAAUGUCUCCCAGUCGUGCUACCGGCCGCGCCCCGACUCCUACCACCUGCUUCGCCACCCGCUCUCCGGGGACCUGCCUUGGCCGGCCCUGCUCUUCGGGCUCACCAUCGUCUCGGGCUGGUAUUGGUGCAGCGACCAGGUCAUCGUGCAGCGCUGCCUGGCCGGGAAGAACGUGACGCACAUCAAGGCCGGCUGCAUCCUGUGCGGCUACCUGAAACUGCUCCCUAUGUUUCUCAUGGUCAUGCCGGGCAUGAUCAGCCGUGUCCUCUACCCGGAUGAAGUGGCCUGCGUGGUCCCCGAAGUGUGCCAACGGGUGUGCGGGACGGAGGUUGGAUGCUCCAACAUCGCCUAUCCUCGCCUAGUGGUGAAGCUCAUGCCCAGUGGUCUCCGGGGGCUCAUGCUGGCUGUCAUGUUGGCGGCCCUCAUGAGCUCGUUGGCCUCCAUCUUCAACAGCAGCAGCACCCUGUUCACCAUGGACAUCUACACUCGGCUGCGGCCCAAGGCCGGGGAUCGGGAGCUGUUGCUGGUGGGCCGGGUGUGGGUGCUGUUCAUCGUGGGGGUCUCCGUGGCCUGGCUUCCCGUGGUCCAGGCCGCCCAGGGAGGGCAGCUCUUCGACUACAUCCAGGCCAUCUCCAGCUACCUGGCCCCCCCAGUCUCGGCUGUGUUCGUCCUGGCUCUCUUUGUGCCCCGCGUGAAUGAGCCUGGUGCAUUCUGGGGGCUGAUAGGAGGGCUGCUGCUGGGUCUGGCCCGGCUUAUCCCCGAGUUCUCCUUCGGCUCGGGCAGCUGCGUGCGGCCCUCCUCCUGCCCCGGGCUCAUCUGUGGCGUCCACUACCUCUACUUUGCCAUCCUGCUGUUCGGCUGCUCCUGCAUCCUCAUCCUCACCGUCUCACUGUGCACUGAGCCCAUCCCCCGCAAGCACCUCCACCGCCUUGUGUUCAGCCUUCGGCACAGCAAAGAGGAACGUGAGGAUCUGGAUCCCGAUGACCAAGAGGCCGGGACCUUCAAUGCCCCCGUGCAGAAUGGCCGGCCGGAGCACUCCCUGGAGAUGGCAGGUAAGAGGUUGGGCGGGACGGGGGGCAGGAUGUCUGGACCCUGGACACGGCAGAUAGGGGAUUGGGGGAGCUGGGUGCAGGAUGUCUGGGCGCUGGAGAUGGGAGAGUCCCCGGCCCCGUCCCCCGGGCCAUUCCGUCGCUGCCUGCUUUGGUUCUGCGGGCUGGCGGGGGCAGAGACAGGAGGGCCCCCGCCUCCUUCGCCUGAGGAGGUGGCGGCCGCGAUGGCAAAACUGGAGGACAUCAGCGAGGAACCACGAUGGGCCCGCCUGGUGAACCUCAAUGCCGUGAUCAUGAUGGCAGUGGCCAUCUUCCUUUGGGGCUUUUACGCCUGA